GCGGUACAGGGUCCAGCAAAGGCUGUGCCCCAGCUACACUCCUAGAGGUCUGUACUGGGGAGACACCGCUGCUCUGGGGGGGGGCGAGGGCUGACCUGGCUGGGAGUACCCGCGCACUCCGCUCGUGGAACACUGCACUCUGCAACUGGUUUGUACAAUCCCGGGGUCUGUAUUCGCCCCUGGACGUCCUCUCCCUCCCUGGUCAUGUACCUCUACCUGCCUCUUCUACGGGAACAUUCGCGGAGCAGCUCCCCAACCCGGGUGCUCGGGCCCUGACCGUGCCGGAUGACCCCAAACUCAGGUGACCAAGCUUGGCAACACCUCCAGAUUCUCCUCAAAAGGAAGAUUUUGCAAAGGACCAAUGACACUGUGCCCCGCAUCCUUGCAUCUUUACUUACUCUGCAGCCAUGUCUCGGUCCCGCCCCGCAAAGCCUUCCAAAUCAGUCAAAACAAAGCUACAGAAAAAGAAAGACAUCCAGAUGAAGACGAAGACAUCAAAGCAGGCUGUCAGACAUGGGGCAUCAGCGAAGGCAGUGAACCCCGGAAAACCGAAGCAAUUAAUUAAAAGAAGAGAUGGUAAGAAGGAAACGGAAGACAAAACCCCGACACCGGCGCCGAGUUUUCUGACGCGAGCCGGGGCCGCCCGAAUGAAUCGGGAUCGAAACCAAGUUCUUUUUCAGAACCCAGACUCCUUAACUUGCAACGGGUUUACAAUGGCUCUUCGAAGAACCUCUCUUAGCUGGCGACUCUCCCAGCGCCCAGUAGUCACACCCAAACCUAAGAAAGUACCACCUUCAAAGAAGCAGUGUACACAUAAUAUCCAGGACGAGCCGGGGGUAAAGCACUCUGAAAAUGAUUCAGUCCCCAGCCAACACGCUACCGUGUCCCCAGGCACAGAGAAUGGUGAACAGAACAGGUGUUUAGUUGAAGGGGAGAGCCAAGAGAUAACCCAGUCUUGCCCUGUAUUUGAGGAAAGAAUAGAAGAUACCCAAAGCUGUAUUUCCGCAUCUGGGAACCUGGAAGCAGAAAUUUCUUGGCCACUGGAAGGGACACAUUGUGAAGAACUACUUUCUCAUCAGACAUCUGAUAAUGAGUGCACUUCCCCUCAAGAGUGUGCUCCAUUGCCCCAAAGAUCAACUUCCGAAGUUACCUCUCAGAAAAACACUAGCAAUCAGUUAGCAGACUUGAGCUCACAAGUAGAGUCUAUCAAGCUGUCUGAUCCUUCUCCGAAUCCUACGGGAAGCGACCAUAAUGGCUUUCCAGACUCCAGUUUUAGGAUCGUUCCUGAAUUGGACCUGAAAACCUGCAUGCCUCUUGAUGAGUCUGUGUAUCCCACAGCUCUGAUAAGAUUCAUCUUGGCAGGCUCACAGCCGGAUGUCUUUGAUACUAAGCCCCAAGAAAAAACCCUUAUAACAACCCCAGAACAAGUGGGAAGCCACCCAAAUCAAGUUCUGGAUGCCACCUCUGUCCUAGGACAGGCCUUUAGUACUCUUCCACUUCAGUGGGGAUUUUCUGGUGCUAACUUAGUUCAAGUUGAGGCCCUGGGCAAGGGUUCAGACUCACCAGAGGAUCUUGGUGCUAUUACUAUGCUAAACCAACAAGAAACUGUGGCUAUGGAUAUGGAUAGGAAUGCUACCCCGGACCUGCCUAUCUUCCUUCCUAAGCCUCCAAACACAGUUGCUACCUACAGUAGCCCUCUUUUAGGGCCUGAGCCCCACAGCUCUACCUCCUGUGGGCUUGAAGUCCAAGGUGCUACCCCGAUUUUAACUUUGGACUCAGGACACACUCCCCAACUCCCACCAAACCCUGAGUCAAGUUCAGUACCUCUGGUAAUAGCUGCAAACGGUACGCGAGCUGAGAAGCAGUUUGGUACCAGCCUUUUCCCAGCCGUCCCACAAGGGUUUACAGUCGCAGCCGAGAAUGAAGUCCAGCAUGCCCCAUUAGAUCUUACCCAGGGUUCUCAGGCUGCUCCCAGCAAACUGGAAGGAGAGAUUUCUCGGGUCAGCAUCACUGGCUCAGCUGAUGUCAAAGCCACAGCGAUGUCCAUGCCGGUUACACAGGCCAGUACCUCUUCUCCCCCAUGUAAUUCUACGCCGCCAAUGGUGGAGAGGAGGAAGCGCAAGGCCUGUGGGGUCUGUGAGCCGUGCCAGCAGAAGGCCAACUGUGGGGAGUGCACCUACUGCAAGAAUCGAAAGAACAGCCACCAGAUCUGUAAGAAGAGGAAAUGCGAGGUGCUCAAAAAGAAGCCAGAGGCCACCUCACAGGCACAGGUUACAAAAGAAAACAAGAGGCCCCAGAGGGAAAAGAAGCCCAAAGUUUUAAAGACAGACUUUAACAACAAACCAGUAAAUGGCCCCAAAUCAGAGUCCAUGGACUGCAGUAGACGUGGUCAUGGGGAAGAAGAGCAAAGGUUGGAUUUGAUCACACAUCCCCUUGAAAAUGUAAGGAAGAAUGCAGGCGGCAUGACGGGAAUUGAGGUGGAGAAGUGGGCGCCAAACAAGAAAUCACACUUAGCAGAGGGUCAAGUCAAAGGAAGCUGUGAUGCCAAUUUAACUGGGGUGGAAAACCCCCAGCCCUCUGAAGAUGACAAGCAGCAAACCAACCCUUCUCCGACAUUUGCCCAGACCAUAAGGAACGGCAUGAAAAAUGUACACUGUUUACCCACUGACACACACCUUCCGCUCAACAAAUUGAAUCAUGAGGAAUUUAGCAAGGCGUUGGGAAAUAAUUCCUCUAAAUUGCUGACUGAUCCCUCAAACUGCAAGGAUGCCAUGAGUGUCACCACCUCCGGGGGGGAGUGUGAUCAUCUCAAGGGGCCAAGGAACACCCUGCUCUUCCAGAAGCCUGGCUUGAACUGCAGGUCUGGUGCAGAACCCACCAUCUUUAAUAAUCACCCUAAUACACACAGCGCUGGGAGUCGACCUCACCCUCCUGAGAAGGUACCCAACAAAGAACCCAAAGAUGGCUCUCCGGUUCAGCCAAGUCUUCUAUCCCUAAUGAAGGACAGGAGAUUAACGCUGGAACAAGUGGUAGCCAUAGAAGCCCUGACUCAGCUCUCAGAAGCGCCCUCAGAGAGCUCCUCCCCAUCCAAGCCGGAGAAGGAUGAAGAAGCGCAUCAGAAAACGGCUAGUCUGCUUAACAGUUGCAAGGCUAUCCUUCAUUCGGUGAGAAAAGACCUCCAAGACCCAAACGUUCAAGGAAAGGGCCUUCACCAUGACACUGUUGUCUUUAAUGGCCAGAACAGAACAUUCAAGUCACCUGAUAGUUUCGCUACUAACCAAGCACUUAUAAAAUCACAAGGAUAUCCAAGUUCACCUACAGCUGAGAAGAAAGGCGCUGCUGGUGGGAGAGCUCCCUUUGAUGGUUUUGAGAAUUCACAUCCAUUGCCCAUAGAAAGUCACAAUCUUGAAAACUGCAGUCAGGUACUAAGCUGCGAUCAGAAUUUGAGUUCCCAUGACCCAUCAUGCCAGGAUGCACCCUACAGUCAAAUUGAAGAAGAUGUCGCAGCACAAUUGACCCAACUUGCAUCCACGAUUAAUCACAUCAACGCCGAGGUCAGGAAUGCUGAAAGUACACCAGAAAGCCUUGUUGCAAAGAACACAAAGCAAAAACACAGUCAGGAGAAACGCAUGGUACAUCAGAAGCCACCCUCUAGUACACAAACUAAACCCAGUGUACCAUCAGCAAAGCCAAAGAAGGCCCAGAAAAAGGCAAGAGCGACCCCACACGCAAACAAGCGGAAAAAGAAACCCCCAGCCCGAAGCUCUCAAGAAAAUGAUCAGAAGAAGCAAGAGCAGCUAGCUAUAGAGUAUAGUAAAAUGCAUGACAUUUGGAUGUCAUCUAAGUUUCAAAGGUUUGGCCAGUCUAGUCCACGUAGUUUUCCUGUUCUGUUGAGAAAUAUUCCUGUCUUUAACCAAAUAUUAAAGCCCGUGACUCAGAGUAAAACACCCUCACAACAUAAUGAGUUAUUUCCUCCUAUCAAUCAGAUAAAAUUCACAAGAAACCCUGAAUUGGCAAAGGAGAAAGUGAAGGUUGAACCAUCAGAUUCUCUGCCAACAUGCCAAUUCAAGACAGAAUCCGGUGGGCAGACAUUUGCAGAGCCGGCAGAUAAUUCUCAGGGACAGCCCAUGGUGAGUGUCAAUCAGGAAGCUCACCCUCUGCCCCAGUCCCCACCAUCUAACCAGUGUGCUAAUAUAAUGGCUGGUGCUGCCCAAACACAGUUUCAUCUAGGCGCUCAAGAGAACCUGGUGCAUCAGAUACCACCACCGACGUUGCCUGGUACCUCCCCUGACACACUCUUGCCAGACCCAGCAUCAAUCCUCAGGAAAGGGAAAGUGUUACAUUUCGAUGGAAUUACAGUUGUUACGGAGAAGCGUGAAGCUCAAACAUCAAGCAAUGGACCACUGGGUCCCACCACAGACAGUGCACAGUCAGAAUUUAAAGAGAGCAUCAUGGACUUACUUAGCAAGCCUGCAAAAAACCUGAUAGCUGGAUUGAAGGAACAGGAAGCUGCACCCUGUGACUGUGAUGGAGGUACACAAAAAGAAAAAGGCCCAUAUUAUACACACCUUGGGGCAGGACCAAGUGUGGCUGCUGUCAGGGAGCUCAUGGAGACUAGGUUUGGCCAGAAGGGGAAGGCAAUCCGGAUUGAGAAGAUAGUGUUCACGGGGAAGGAAGGGAAGAGCUCUCAGGGCUGCCCGGUCGCCAAGUGGGUGAUCAGAAGAAGUGGUCCUGAAGAGAAGCUUAUUUGUUUGGUUCGUGAGCGUGUAGACCAUCACUGUUCGACGGCUGUGAUAGUUGUCCUUAUCCUGCUGUGGGAAGGUAUCCCUCGCCUGAUGGCUGACCGCCUGUACAAAGAGCUCACUGAGAACUUGAGGUCCUACAGCGGACAUCCCACAGACCGAAGAUGUACCCUCAACAAAAAGCGUACCUGCACCUGUCAAGGCAUCGACCCAAAAACCUGCGGAGCGUCCUUCUCCUUUGGCUGUUCGUGGAGCAUGUAUUUCAACGGCUGUAAGUUUGGGAGGAGUGAAAACCCCAGAAAAUUCAGACUUGCUCCAAACUACCCCUUACAUAACUACUAUAAGAGAAUUACUGGAAUGAGUUCUGAAGGAAGUGACGUGAAAACCGGGUGGAUCAUUCCAGACCGCAAGACCCUCAUAAGCAGAGAGGAAAAACAGCUUGAAAAGAAUUUACAAGAAUUGGCUACAGUAUUAGCUCCACUUUACAAGCAGAUGGCUCCAGUUGCUUAUCAAAAUCAGGUGGAAUAUGAAGAAGUUGCUGGAGACUGUCGACUUGGAAAUGAAGAGGGGCGUCCUUUCUCUGGUGUCACCUGUUGCAUGGAUUUUUGUGCCCAUUCUCACAAGGACAUUCACAACAUGCACAACGGAAGCACCGUGGUGUGUACGUUGAUUCGAGCAGAUGGCCGUGACACAAAUUGUCCCGAGGAUGAACAACUCCACGUCCUGCCACUAUACCGGCUUGCAGACACUGAUGAAUUUGGCUCCGUGGAAGGGAUGAAGGCCAAAAUCAAAUCUGGGGCCAUCCAAGUCAAUGGGCCAACCAGGAAGAGGCGACUACGUUUUACUGAGCCUGUUCCUCGAUGUGGGAAGAGGGCCAAAAUGAAGCAGAACCACAAUAAAUCAGGUACUGCUGGUCUCAGAAGGAAGAGGAUCUCUGCCAGCCCAAAGGGAGCCCCAGGUUCACACAACACUAAGAGCUUUUCAUCAGCCUCAUCUACUUCUCACCUAGUGAAAGACGAAUCUACAGACUUCUGUCCCCUGCAGGCUUCCUCCGCAGAAACAUCUACCUGUACGUACAGUAAAACAGCCUCAGGUGGGUUUGCAGAAACAAGUAGUAUUCUCCACUGCACAAUGCCUUCUGGAGCACACAGUGGUGCUAAUGCAGCUGCUGGGGAAUGUACUGGAACGGUGCAGCCUGCCGAGGUGGCUGCUCAUCCUCACCAGUCUCUUCCCACAGCCGAUUCUCCCGUUCAUGCUGAGCCUCUCACUAGUCCAUCUGAGCAGCUAACUUCUAACCAGUCAAACCAGCAGCUCCCUCUCCUCAGCAAUUCUCAGAAACUGGCUUCCUGUCAGGUGGAAGAUGAGCGGCACCCUGAAGCGGAUGAGCCUCAGCACCCCGAGGACGAUAACUUGCCUCAACUUGAUGAAUUCUGGUCAGACAGUGAGGAGAUCUACGCCGAUCCUUCCUUUGGUGGCGUGGCGAUAGCACCCAUUCACGGCUCGGUGCUCAUUGAGUGCGCUCGGAAGGAGCUUCAUGCUACCACCUCUUUGCGCUCCCCCAAACGAGGGGUCCCUUUUCGUGUGUCCCUUGUAUUCUACCAGCACAAAAGCCUAAACAAGCCUAAUCAUGGUUUUGAUAUCAACAAAAUUAAGUGUAAAUGCAAAAAAGUAACGAAAAAAAAGCCCGCAGACCGGGAGUGUCCUGAUGUAUCCCCCGAAGCCAAUUUAUCACACCAAAUUCCUUCUCGAGUUGCAUCAACCUUAACCCGAGACAAUGUUGUUACCGUGUCCCCAUACUCUCUCACUCAUGUUGCGGGACCCUACAAUCGUUGGGUCUAAAGGCUUCUCUCAUGUAAUGCCUUUGCUAAUGUGGUGUAGUGGGUAUUUUUGUUUGUUUGUUUGUUUUCUUUUGUUUUUUUGUUUUUUCCGGUGCUGUUAAAAAGAAAGUCAUUCUGUUGUUUACUGUAGCUUUGUUUCGCCCAUUUCAACUCCGACGUAAAUAUUAAAAAAAAAAAAAGGGUGAAUACUUAACUGUGAUUACAUUUUGAGAAUUGGUAGAAGGUGAACAUUUUCAGCAAAAAUAAACUUUUUAUAGUUUUAAAUACUUAAAGGAACAUCUUGGUUAGGUGUUGGCCAUGCUAGAACCAUAGAGUCUGGUGCUUUCCCCCGGGUUUGUUUACUAUUCAGAGGGUUUAUAACAGGUUCCUGCAAUAAGAAGUAAAGACCAAGAUGUAGUGUUAACUCUACACAGUUCCUGGUGCUUUAACCACAUCAACACACGGAGUGAUGAGCUGAGUGAUUGUUUUCUGGUGCCAUUGCUCAAGCCUCUUCCAAUCAUUGCCAUCGUGUCUGCACAUUUCUUUGAAGUAAACCAAUGAAAUGCUUUUUCUCUUAAAACAUUUCUCCUAUAUAAAGUAGUUCUCUAUUCUCAUGAUGGUUGGAAGCUGUUCGCUAACUAUAAAUGUAUAUAUUUUAAAAAGCACUUUCUACUUUUAAGAGUAACUUGAAAUAGUAUAGUAGCAGAAUCCUAUUGUCUAUUAUGUGUGCAUAUUUGAAUACCAGAGAAGUCAUUUGUUCUUGCUCUGUAGAGUCCCAUCCCGUUAACCUCAGCCUGUACUCAAAUAACACACGGCUUCUGUUCUUUACUUAUAGAAUAGAGGGUCUCUAAAAAAAAAAAUUUAAAUACAAGAUGCUACCAAUAUCAAUUUUCCCUCUUUAACUAGAAAAAAUAUUGUCUUCUGAAGUCACCUCGUCAAUUAACUAUAUGACCCAAUUACAGGUGUUUUCAAAGGAAAAGGAGGCAAAUUGGGAUCAGUCAAAAGUUCCCAGUGUUUCAAGAUUAGAAAAUACAUAAUUAAGAGACAUGUCCUUCCCAAAUGAGAAGGAAAUAUUCUAUAGAGAUAAUUGAGGGGACAUGCUUGCGUUAGCAUUGUCACCCUUACCCUGGAGUUCCAUGGUAAUAUUGAGAGCCAAACUAUUCAUUAAUAGUGCCCUAUCAGGUUUAGGAAAAUGGGAACCCAAACUUGCUUAGUAAUCCUCUAUUGAAGGUCACAACUGAAAUCAGCAUCCUGAUUACUUUGUGUUCCAGUGUUCUGCCCAUUGUUUAAUUGACUUCUUUAUAUACCAAGAAUGAUUUCCCCAAACAAAAAAGCCUAGAACCAAGCGACCUUUCUGAGAGAUCCAAAUGCACAGGUGCUAUUGCCAUUGCUUGGGUUGAAGUCUUUGGAUCUGGAUUAGGAUUCCUGUCCUUCAGGGACCCUGAUGGUGCUUCUCAGAGAUGCCACAAGAAGCCCACAACUACCACAAUCUUGGUGCAAAUGUAAGCCGUUGCAGUAAACUCCUUAGGGAAUAACUUAUUAAACACAAUACAUGGUGCAAAGUGUCAGCCUCUGACUGAGGCACGUUCAGGAAGAGGAAGGGACUGUAAAUAAGAACGUGUCCACUGACUUUCAUCCCAUCCUGCACAGGGAGCUGGAUGCUCUUGGGAUCCAUACACAUGUGGAUCUGAGUUAGUGUUCUGUGUGCCUUAGAGUUCUGUUUAUAAACCUUUUUUUAAGUUUCUUAUGUCGGUAUGUGAAUGUGGUCCUUUCUUGCUGUGUCUGCUUCAGUUAGGUAUUUAUUUGUUAGUGUAGACCAUCAGAAAUCCUCCCUCAUGAGUUAACCUUUGAGGUUUCAGACCUUAUCUAGAAAUCAUUUUCUUGCCAUUAUGGGAUAGAAUCGCCUCUUCCUGCCUUUAUUUGUCCAUUCAUCUGUCCGCUCGAUUAGUUUGUUUUCCCUUGAAUUACCCCUUAUCACACAAACUUAUAACGAAUGCUUGGAACUGCUUUCUAAGAACAUAACAAACUACCUAUAAAUGAAGAGCUACAGUAAUAUAUAUUCAAGCUGAUGUGUUUUUAAUGAUAAGGCCACAUUCUUGGUGCUUAAUCAGUUGAAUACACCAAUGUUGAUGAAUGGGACUGUUGGUGUUUAUGAAUCUAGUUGCAGUUUGACAAAAUAAGUACAUGAAACUAACCACUUUCAACAAAAAUGUUGUCAUUCCAUCGCUAGAGUUAGCAUCAGAGAUGGAGUGCCUCAGCCAACAGCCCUCUGUGGGGACUUCAUUAUAUUACUUUCAUGGUCUCUGAUGUGCUUUGUAGGCAUCCUCUACUUGGUUGGUGUUCUACUGCACCAUCUGCUGGCUAUACACGGCUUUAAGAAUGGACUUUCUUAAAAACAAAAUACAACCGGACAGUGGUAGAGCAUGCCUUUAAUCCCAGUACUUGGGAGGCAGAGGCAGGUGGAUUUCUGAGCUCGAGGACAGCCAGGGCUACACAGAGAAACCCUGUCUCAAAAAGACAAAAAGUAAAAUACAUUGGUUUGAGAUGACAGUCACUUAUCUGACAAUCUUUCUACACCUCUACUGUUUUAAUUAGAUUGCGUUCCUCUGACCUCGUUUGUGGAGCUCUGACUAAGACUGUUCUCGCUGUGAACAUUGGAUACAUUGUUAUAUGACUUCCACAGUAGCCCUGGUGAUGCUACAAUUCAUUCCUGCCUGCUUUAGAAUUAGACAUCACCUGCCCUCUUAAAACCAUUUUUGGUGGGUUUUGGUUUUAUGAGACUGGAUCUCUAUGUAGUUCCGGCUGUCCUGGAACUCAUGUAGCAGACCAGGCUAUCCUAGAAUUCACAGAACUAUCUUCCUGCUCCUACCUAUGUGCUGGGAUUAAAGUUGUCCUCCUCCACUCUCCUAGUUCUUUUGUUCUUGUGCUUGUCAGCCUCGUGUAUAUCCUGUUUCCAGUUCUCUACAAAGUACCAAAUAAGACCAGGUACUAAAGAGACUGUUAUCACUGUCAUUGAAAUAUAGUGUUUGGACUUGAGGAUAAUAGAGGCAAAUUUUUGGGAACAAGUCCACAUCUUAAGUGAUUUCCCAAGCAUAACGUUGCAUUUGUGAGACACAGAACUUCAUUAGGUGAAAACCGUAAGCCAUUCACUUCCAUUCACCCCGUUAAACAGUUAACUGAGUGGCUAUUAUUCUGUAAAUGAUGUACUGGCUUGAUUCACAUGAGGUAACCUACUACUUCUGAUUAUCAUUUCACAAGAACAUGUACAAAACUAACCCCAAAUUAUUCAUUCAUAUAUAUAAAAUGAGACUUCUGUGUGGGGUGGAGCUAUCAAGCUAUCAUGUCAUCACAUGACCUCUUCUAUCGAUUGUGGGUGCAUUUACCUUUGUGCCAAACAAGUAAGUGUAUGCAACCUUAACACAAAGCUACCCUGAGUUUCACCCCCUCAAUGCAUGGGAAUCUUUUUGAGUCUAGAUUUAAUACAACUGAGUUUCAUCUAUACUAGAAAUGUAUAACAAGAAUUAUGACAAAGGAUAGUGUGGUGGCUGUUGCUGCACCAAUAGUCUCCUUAGAAGGCAGAGCUCAAUCCCUGAGUUCUCGGGACAGACAGCGCCUAAUUGCUUGAGGGCCAUUCUGCUCUUAGAGCUGUUCAAGACAAACUACUUUUCUCACUCAGAGAGGAUUAUAUUACUAAGAACUUAUCUUGAUUUUUGUCCAAGUCAAAAAUAAAACAACUUUCUGUCCUCUGGUGAGGUUCAGGACAAGAAAGACAUUGGUGAGAUUAGGUCAAGAUUGCCUUUACUGUCUAUCCUAGGCUUUGCCAGGAGAACCUAUGACAUUAACCUACUAACUCUUCCCGAUGCAGAAGGCAAUCCUUGUCUCUGCCAUUCCCUCUGGAACCUAGUAUUAGGAAUAAAUACCCAAGGAGUUCUUGAGGACUGGCUGUGGGAACCAUUGAGGGAAGCAUGCCUUCACUGUAUAUACUCUGUAGCCGCGGUUGCACAGUCCCUACUGCCCCUCCCCUACUUCAGUGCUGGCAGCUCACUGUGAUGUGGCCGUCACCAUAAACAGGCGCGCUGCUUCACUUCUCUGUGCUGGUCACGUUGGCAUAUUUAGCCAUGUGGUGUGGUCAUUGCUUAGUGGUUUGAGAUGACUAAGUUUUUUUUUUUUUUUCAAAUGAAAUGGGUGUUUCAUAUUGUAUUUCAUCAGAAAACAGUGGCAAUUGUGAAGACCAUUUAGAUAGUCACUGUAUCCUCCCACAAAACCUAAUUCUGUAUAUUUUCUUCAAAAUUGUUAAAAUUCCUAAGCAUGGUUUUUUAAGUUUUGUUUUGUUUUUUUGGUUGGUUGGUUGAUUUGUCUUUGUGUAAUAGAAGUUGGGCUUUUAUUAAAUUGUGAGCCUGGACUUCCUUAAGAAUCUCAUGGUGGCGUAUAGCACAGUUUUGAACUAUGGCUAAGGAUGUUGAGAACGUCUUUUUCCCUUUCUUUGCUUCUGGAACUGGGUCUCACUAUACAGACCUGGCCAGGACAAAGAUCAAGUUGCUCUUGAACCUGCAAGGGUUCUUUCUGACCUCUGGCUGUGCCACUCUUAGUUUCUCUGGUGCUGGGAUUGAACCAGGCCUUUUUGUGUGUCUGGUAAACACCAUCAACAUUCCCUCCCAUCCUAGACCUUGGGGUUUUUUCCGUAGGGAAUCAUCAUUUGUGUUUGUUUUCAGCUCUACAAAAUCUUAGCAUGCUGCCAAAUCCUUUUCUGAACCUUCUGGUUCAGGUGAUCUCUUAUUGAUUGCUAGGGUAUAGACACAGGGCUCCCUGCCCAGCUAAUGUACAUUUGUAUUAGCCCAGCUCUUUUCUCAGAUAAUCAGUUUGUUCAAAAUAUGUGUUACUCAUAAAUCUCACAUUGACCCUGAGACCCCAGUGAUCAAAAUUACCUUGUGGCAGUCUGUAAUGUUUCCAGCUUCAAAAUUACAAGGUUAAUAAUUUAUUUAUUCCUUUUCUACAUUCAGAUUUCCUUAUGAUUAAAAAUCUUCUGUACUCCUGUAUGUACACCCUGGCUCCACCACCCAGAUCAUCCCAUAUGCAAAUAUAUCUGAUUAGUUCCAGUUUUCCAUUUCUCUGCCUUCCUUUUGCCUCAGCACCUUGGCUUAUCUUUUUCAACCAUGUGUCAUAAAGUCUAACACCAUGCUUGGCUCAAGUGUGUGUGAUCCCAACUGCUUGAGGGACUGAGACAGGAUGAUAGAAAGAAAAGGAACACCAGCAGGGCGCAGAGCUGCCUGCCAUAGAGUUCAUGAAAGAGUGGUGCUUGCCAACCUUGCUGGAAGCAAUCCCUAGUACUGCAGAAAGGACCAAGGAUGUGUAUGCAGAACUUUUCAAUUAGGAGUAAGUACAACUUAAGUUUCAUAUUCCCAUUCUUUUGGCCUUUUCCAUCUCCAGCUGCUAAAAUUGAAACCUGCAAGGCAGUUUUAGUCACUGGAUCUUAUAUGCAGACAGAGUUUCUUUUCCUUCUCCUCAUUUUCAACAAUCUCAUUCUGUUGAUGGGAGCCUGUUUCCUAAGGUAAAUUAACUCUAGAAGUUCUUCAGCUGUACUCGUCCCUUAAUAAUGGCCCUGAUGUACUGCAAGUAGGAUCCUGUCUCCAACCCCAGCUCAGACAGUACAGCCCCACAUCCUUACACAUAAUCUAGUUUCAAACAUAAGUCCUUGGUGAUGAGCUACCAGAAUCCCUGGUGAGGAAGUCAUGGGGAUUAAUAGUUCUUGUCUGCCCUCUUCUAAUUUUAACUGAAAAUAGGUGAUCUUUUGACAAUAAAUAGGACAUGAACAAAAAACAAAAAACAAAAAAGCUUAGCAUCUCUCCCUAGGUGUGAUGUGCCCAUCUAUAAUUCAGCUCCCGGGGAGGCAGAAGAAAUGGGAUGGGAUCAUGUCUUCAGAGCUCUUUGUGGGAUUUCUCACCAGUACUGAACUCAGAAAGCAGUUCAGCCGCCAGCGAGAAUAGCCAGGAGCUUACUCCAUGUCACACAGCAAGUCAAGUAAUACGAGUGAAAUGUAGUUGCCUGCAUGUAUGUGUGUGCCUUGUGUGUUGUCUAAGUAGAGCUGAUAGGAGAAAAACAGAAAACUUAUAAGCCUGUUUCAUUUCCGUUGUUUAGCCAGCUGUUGCACAUAUGAAAGAUCUCAAAUCCUUAUUUAUGCAUCAAAGCUUAGGUUUAUGGUUUUGUGAGUGUGUGUGUGUGUGUGUGUGUGUGUGUUUAAAACAGGUUCACAAUGUUGCUCUAGCUGGCCUGGAAGAUGCUGUUCUGUCCUCAGGUUGCUUUGGUCCUACGUCAGGGACUGCAGGUGUAAACCUCUCCAUUCAGUGAUAAUAAGCAGAGAGAGAGAGAGAGAGAGCGUGCGCAUCCUGUUGCCAUUAAUAGGAAGACACUUUCACCAAGUAAUUUUCUAAAUAGGAAUUUUAAAGCCCCUCAUAAUCAAAGUUUAAUAUAUUUAAGUAUGCUGAAAUGAAGGUUUCUUGAAGGAGAUGGUGCUAGCUGAACAAUUUUAGUUCCUAGCCCUUCAUUAUAAAUAUGCAAAAUUGUUGAUAACAGGUUUUAUUAACUCUGGAUUAUAUCUUUUGUCUUGUUGGGUGUUUGGCUUUUUGUUCGUCCUGGUGUGUGAGUGUUCCCUCUGCUUUGCUGGUAGCCAUAUCAAUCUUUGGAGCAAGUAUCCUAGAGUUAAGAGUGCUGAGAUGUAUUUGUAAAGUUCCUAGUGAUUUGUCUAUAGGUUAUUUUAACAACCUCUCUAUAUAGAGGUAUAUUUUGACUAUAGUGAUACAUUCUUUGGCACAAAUAUAAGGGAAGAGGCCAAAGAACCGUGAAUAUUCAGUAUGGCCUCCUCUUACGUUGGUGAGUCGUCUUGCCAACAUCAGUUUGUGCUGUGAUAAAACGGCUGACUGACUAUAUUUGACUUUACAAACACAGCUCAUAGGAAAGAUUAAAUAUUUUUAUUGCGAUGUAUGGUCAUAUUUUUUUUAGCUUUAUGGAGUUAACAUUGUGAUAGGUGCUUUAAGAGAAAUAUUUUUCCAGAAAUGGUUUUAUAGCUAAACUAUGGGCAGCUUUUGCAUUGUGAUGUGUGGGUCGAUGGCUCUAUUUGGGUUACUAGGAAAUCAUGAAGUGUUCCCUAUGGAGAUACCUGUCCGCAUCCAUGGCAGAGAGAUCAGCAUGAAGUCUCAGUUGACUCCCUUUUCUCUCAUAGAGUGAGCUAGCACGUAAAUGACCAUGUGUGGCAUUACUUGGUUUACAGGACUCAGCGGGCUGGUUAGCGGUGGUGGGAAUAAGGCAUCAAUUCACAUUCCUCACCACAUACAGUGGGGCUGAGUCCGUUUCCAGUCUCUUAUGUGAAGGCCUCCCCAGCAGUCCCUGGAAGAGGCUCGCUGUUCAUUUUGAUGGUUACAAUUCUACCGUUGCAUCUCAGUAAUUGAAGGCUUUUAUCUUUGGAAAUGCUGUUAAAAUUCCAAAAACCAGUUUAGUUCUUCACCUAUGAGGAAAAUAGUUAAAGCACUUCAUGACAUUAAAGGGAAAGAGAAUCCUAUACCCAUGAUAGUUUCAAUACCUAAUCAAUAUUGAGUCCUCUGCACAGAAUGGGACGCUUCGUAGCAGUACUUGAAUACCUGUGAGUUGGAAUUGCAUGUUACUUGAAAGAUCUAAUUAAGCUAAAUUUUGGUGCACAGCAGUUGUACAUGAUUUCAUGUUUAUGUAGCAAAAUACAUUGAAAUGUACUAGGAUUGAAACAUAAAUGUAAAAAUAGUUGUGGAAAUUGUCUUAUUUUCCUUAUGUCUCAUUUGUUUAAAGCAUAAAUUUUCUUUUAAAAAAUUCUAACUAAGGAUAAAGGAAUACUGUAAUUGAAGAUAUAUUUUAAAUCUUUGUCAUGUUUUUUUUUUUAAAGCUAUUGCAAAUUGUAUCAUUCCUGACUAUAUAGAACUUUGUGGGUGGUAUAAAAUAAAUUUUAUACUUCUAUUUUGCA